GACUGCAGCGUCUAUAACAGGCUGCCCAGCAGACAGCACAGCUGACUCCCAGACAAGCCGAGGACAACAUGAACACACUGCUGACCUUCUCCAUCACCUUGUUAUUCAGCUCCUUGGUCUGGAGUGGAUAUCUGGAAUAUGACCAAGAUGUCUUGUUACCAGACGACUGGACUCAUGUGGGUCGGGUAGACUCCACAGAGGAGCUGGAGCUGACCUUUGCCCUGAAGCAGCAGAACGCUGACCUGCUGGAGGAAAUACUCCGACUGGUGUCGGACCCUGACUCAGCACAAUAUGGUAAACACCUCACCCUGGAGGAAGUGUCCUCCCUGGUGCAUCCAUCUGAAGUGACCCAGAAGGUGGUGCAUCACUGGCUGCAGAGUCAUGGGAUUACAAGCUGCCAGACUGUACACACUCAGGACUUUUUACAGUGCACCAUGACUGCAGAGGUUGCGGAGAGGCUGCUUCCAGGUAGCAAGUUCCAGCGUUACACCAGGGACGGCCAGUCUGUGGUGAGGUCGUCAGCUCCGUACUCUGUUCACGAUGAUGUUCACCAGCACCUGGACUUCGUUGGAGGGCUUCACCGCCUCCCUCCUAAAGCGCAGGACCUCAGCAAAGCCUCUUCUAACAGGAAGCAAAAGCAGUCGAAGACGGGGGUGCACCUUGGAGUGACUCCCGCCAUCUUGAGGGCCCGCUAUAACCUCACAGCAACUGAUGUUGGAACUGCUCAGAACAACAGCCAGGCUGUAGCUCAGUUCUUGGAGCAGUACUACCACCCUGCAGACCUAGCGGAGUUCAUGGGCAUCUAUGGCAGGAGCUUCCAGCAUCACUCUCAGGUGGCAAGGGUUGUGGGCACUCAGGGAGGAGGAAAGGCUGGUAUAGAGGCCAGUCUGGAUGUGGAGUACAUCAUGAGCACGGGGGCAAACAUCUCCACAUGGGUCUUCACCAAUCCAGGUCGCCAUGAGACCCAGGAGCCUUUCCUCCAGUGGAUGGUUUUGCUCAGCAACAUGUCCGACCUGCCCUGGGUUCACACGAUCAGCUACGGAGACGACGAAGACAGCCUGUCUGCUGCGUACAUGAUGCGCAUCAACACAGAGUUUAUGAAGGCUGGCGUCAGGGGACUCUCGUUGCUCUUUGCCUCUGGUGACAGUGGUGCGGGCUGCAAACAUUUGGGUAAAGGGCAAAACUCCUUCAGGCCAAGUUUUCCUGCAUCAAGCCCAUAUGUGACUACAGUUGGAGGAACCUCAUUCAAGAACCCAUAUGAGGUCACGUAUGAAAUUACAGAUUACAUCAGUGGAGGUGGCUUCAGCAACAUCUUCAAUAUGCCCGACUACCAGGCCAGUGCAGUGGCUGGGUACCUGAAGACGGUAGCAGCAACCCUCCCUCCUAAGUCAUAUUUCAAUACCAGCGGCAGGGCCUAUCCGGACAUGGCUGCCCUGUCGGAUAACUACUGGGUGGUCAGCAACAAAGUACCCGUCCCCUGGGUGUCUGGGACCUCGGCGUCGACCCCUGUGGUCGGAGGCAUGCUGUCUCUCAUCAACGACCAGCGGCUGCUAAAGGGCCUGCCUGCCCUGGGCUUCCUCAACCCUCGCCUCUACAAGCUCAAAGGACAAGCUCUGUUUGAUGUGACUGAAGGCUGCCACCUGGGCUGUCUGGACGAACAGGUUCAGGGUAAAGGUUUCUGUGCUGCACCAUCGUGGGAUCCCGUUACAGGCUGGGGGACACCAAAUUACCCUGAGCUGCUGGCUGCCCUGCUAGCGGAGUGAAAACCCACAACUCAUGAGAGUGAAACCAUCAGGGUGGCGUCUGCUCUGAGAGCAGGUACUAGACACACAUCCAAAGGCAGCACGGUGAAAUAGAGGGAAAACAAUGCCUACGCUUUAGAUUUAUGCCUCUUUGCUUUAUUCAGUUAAUUUGAGGUUGAAACACUGAAUUAUUCCAGUCUUCAUCUUUAUCCGUCAACAUCGCCUCUAUCCAUUUAAGGAUACUCUUGAUUGCUUUUAUUUUUAUUUUCUCCAAAAGGCUUCAAACUGUUUCCUCAGAUAUUUUUAGGUCAGGGAUAGUGGGGGUGGUUUGGGAUUUUUACUGCUACACUGCAGUUGCUUGUUUCUGCUGUUCACUGCAUUUUAACUGACCCAGAUUUCUCUGUGCAUCUCUGAGACACACUUGGAGGCAGAUCAGUGUUAACCGUAAUCUUAUGCCUUAAAUUCAUGCCGCUAGACACACAGCAAUGGGGAAGUGUUGGUAAACUGGUUGCUAUGCAUACACGUACUAAAAUAUGCCUCUUAGAUAUACACAGGCCUAUUUGAAUAGGUUUUUAUUUUAAUACAGUUAUGUUGUUACAUGUCAAUCAAGAAUCUAUAUACCGGAUGCAAUCAUUUCACCAGAUUAGAUGCAGGUUUGGUUUGCAGUAAAACUGAGAUGGCCAAAAUGUGUAAUAUUGUUUGUCUAUUUUGCCAUACUACUCUGCAGGGAUGAGCUAGGUACAAGUCAUAAUCAAAAACAGUUUAAAGACAGAAAUAUAUUUGCAUGCAAUUCUAAAAAUGUCACAAUAAAAUGGGAACAUACAGUAUAUGGUUUAAGAUUACCAGGACCUUUUUAAAACUUGAUUUUACUUUGGUUUGUUGCCGUUUGCUCUGCGGCUACGAACCAACCAAAUGCACUGUAAUAUGUGGGUUAAAAGUGAUUCAGCAGUUCUACCCACCAGCAAUGUUGCACUUGUUUUUAUCUUUAAACCAUGUAUAUCCUCAAAUCGGAUGCAUUUGAUGUGAGAGACUGCCUGUGCUGCAUUAUUUUGAGUUUAUUAAAGAUUAAUGUGGAAAUGAUGGUUGAUUGUUCAAGAUGAUCUGGAUGCUGCGGUUUUAAAAAAUGUACCACCUGCUUGUGUAAAAGAAAAUGUAAUGGAAAUGAAUUGCUGACUAAUCUGAUAAACCACUGACUUGUUUGUCAUUUUUAAAAGCAAAACUGCCAAACAUUUCCUAGUUCCUGUUUCUAACAAUGAAAGAGUAUCUCUUUAAAGACUGAAUCAGAAUGAAACCUUUAAUUUGACAUUGUCCCUGGUCUCUCUUUUGUCUUUGUCUCAUGUCAGACAGAAGCAAUGAGUUGACUGUGUUUUUGAACCAUUGUUAUACAAUUUACCAGCUGUAAGAUGCCACUUUUAAGAUGCUCAAUUUAAGUUUUAAGACGUGAUACAAUUGUCACAUGUAUAUGCAGUGCGAUGAAAAAAAUAAAAGAACCAGAAUUAGUUUCA